CUCGUGUCUCGUCUUGGUCCGUUGUUGAGGUAGUUCUUUCGUGGCGCCGGUUGGAUCAAAAAGGAUUGCCCCCUAAUAUUCUAAAGCGGGGAGAGCCUUGAUCGCUAGCCGUUUGCCGAAAAAACAAUCCAAAAACGAAAAAAAAACCACGAGAAACCCAAACAAUACCGAAGAAGCAACUGAAAUCAAAAUAUCAACUCAUCUUUGAUUUCCUGUUCAUCUCGCAUGUGAGCGUGUGGUGUAGGCGUAUCACAACAUUUUGGCCUAACCAAAACUCUGCCAGUCUCCUCAUCUAUUAAAUUUCAGCCACUCAUCGUCUUUGUACGGGCAACGUUAAACACUUGGUUACUUGUGCUAAAAACAUCGCAAACCAAAGUGGCGCAGACGAAGAAUGGAUAACUGGCGUCUGUAUCUCAUUCUCGUCGGAUGUCUUGUCUUGGGCUUUGCUUCCGGAUCGUCUAUAGAAUGCAAUGGAAUUGAGGAGCCCAACAAGUUUAUACUGUGCUACGCGAAUGUCUCCACAUCGCUGCCAACGCACGUAGAUGUGUGUCGUUGCUCCCAUCUAGUCGUGCCGUUCGCCGUAAAUACUCUAAUCAACGCUAGCGUCACGUUAGAUGAAGAAUUAGUUGCGUUCUUGAAAGCCAGUGGCUCUCGGAAUGGCGGCCGAUUACGUCGCGUACUUUCGCUAACCAUGUCAACGGAAGAUUUCUCGCCGAUUUCUUCCGCUCAGUCGAUUGCCACCAGUCUAGCAGGAAUGAUUGACGACCUACUCAUCGAAGGCGUAGAAAUUCACUGGCACCAGCCUAGCAUCGACGAGAAUUCAAAGAAAGACAAAGCGAACCUCGUUCUUUUCAUGAAGGAAUUGCAUGCGGUUCUUCAGGAAAAAAUAAUCGUCACUAGCAAAACGGAUGCCACUAGCGACAUGAACAGUACAAACGUAGAAGAGAAUGGUGCCAUUGAUGCAACCCGGCCAUUGAUUCUUCUUCGUCUACCGACAACACCGGAAUUGUUGGUCAAGGCCUUCGAUCUAAAGCCCUUGGCAAGAACUGCCGACUUAUUCGUUGUAGCUACUCACGAUAUGGCAGAUGCGAACAAUGUGACCUAUCACCACAGCCGUCUAAUGGGACUCUCUGAUAUCUUGAACACGGAUUCUGUAUUGGAUUUGGUGGCAAGCCUCGGCGUAUCAUCUGAUCGAGUGGUGGCGGCUAUUCCAACCUUUGCCGUCCAAUUUCGUCUGAGAGAUGCACACCAAAAUCUACCGGGAUCGGCCAUAGUCGGAGACCCUCUUCAUAUUAGCAAGGAACAGUUGUGUUCAUUGCUGAGCAAGGGAAAUUGGACCGUCGAGAGAGAUGAUGAUCUCACAGGUACUUAUGCCUACUCAGAGGAUGGAGACUGGAUCGCUUUCGACGACGAAAUAGCUGCCCAGAUUAAGGCAAAAUAUUUUCUUCUGCGUGAUGUUGCCGGUGUGGCGAUGAUGCCAGCCAACAUGGACGACAAGCUGACACACGGCUGUAAUUCCAACAGUACAGAGCCAUCAAUCGUCCAAAUCUACUACGACCUGUUCCAUUACCAAGAAUCCGGCGAACGGACAAGGCGCCAGUUGGCUAACAGUCUCCAGGAGGACGUCUCUUCCAUUGCGACAGCCUUAUCCAGUCCACUGUACAACGAGCGUGUCAAGGCCUCACCGUAUCGUAUCGUUCGGAUAGUCAGCCGUUCGGGAGAAUCAAGCGUCAUUCGCCAACCGUUGGAGAGCAGCCUGCAGUGCUCGCGCCAGGGCUACUAUCGCCAUCCAGAGGAUUGCGGCCGUUUUUAUCGUUGCGUUAAAUUUGAUCAGUACGUCGAUGACUUCACAGUUUUCGAAUACGAUUGUCCAGAAGGGUUAGUAUUCGACGAAAGGUACGAAGUCUGCACAUGGCCCUCGCAAGCAGCUCCUUGUGGAGGUUCCAGUGAGAUUCGACCCGUCCCGAUGAACAAGUUCGUUUGUCCAGGGGAAGGUUACUUUGCCGAUCCCGAGAACUGUCGCUGGUUCUUCGCAUGCCGUGACUACGCCAAAGAUGGUUCUCCAUUCACUCAAUACGAAUUUCGCUGUCCCUUCGGUCUUCUUUUCGACGAACAGAAUUUGAUUUGUAACUGGCCAUGGCUCGUACCACAGUGUUCAGGCGCCAGCACAGUCUACGCUGUCGGAAGUACCAGCAAUGUCGACGUUGUCAAGUCGAAGCCACAACAGGGUAGUAUUGCCAUUGGAAGUCCUGGUUAUCUUAGUGGAAAAUUGGUUACUGGCGAAGGUCUCUACAAGGAUCCACGCCCGGCGCCGUACAUGGAAAUCGUUGCUUCUACAGGUUGCAUUGAUUGCCAAUCGGCCGGACUAGUUGUCCGAGAUCCAUCAGAUGAAACUUAUCCAGGAUCGCCAAACGCGAAACAAGCCAAACUUGUACUUGCUAUACCUGCCGCAACGAUUGCUGACCAAUCUACUCCUGUCCGUAUCAUCGUUGCUUCACCAGCUUCCUCUGAGCAGCAAUACCUAGUGAGCACGACCCCAUCGUCUUACGUACAAAAAUACUCAUCAACUACCACACCCGCAUAUAAUACGGGCUACGGGCUCAGCUCACAUGGUCCGUCUGGCUCUCACGGAUCCCCUGCCAAUCAGCGUACUUACGAAUCUUCCGGUUCUUCCCAAUUAUCUGCUUCCUCAGAUAUGUAUGCCCCGUACUCACCAGUAUAUCACGGAAACGAGCAAACAUCAGGCUAUCCCCGUGGUCCUACGUCAGUUAGCGCUAGCGCAACUGCUGAACAACAAGGGUCAUACGGGAAAGGCGUAUCAGAUAUUUAUCGCAGCGAAACUUGGUCUAAGGCCAGUGGCCUUCCGUCUGCCUACUCUGAUCCAACUGGCAAAUAUGCUGCACCCACCCAGGGAUCCGGUAUUUAUUCUCCCCAAACUCAGCAUGCUACCGUUGGCUACAACACGGGCGCUGGGCUCACUGGCGCUUCUAGUUAUCUAGUCCAAACAGGCAAAGAUGGCGCACAAGUACCAGACGGAUCUCCAGGGUAUUCUAGUGGUCUAGGUUCAGAAGGCGAACGCGGACAAUAUGACGGUUAUUCCGGUGGUGGACAUGCUGGUUCGGUCAAUACUGCAGGUUCCACAUCUUCGUAUAAAGCCACGGCACAAGAUGCGUCUAAAGACAAUUCACGUUAUUCGCAAUACCAAGACGGCGCACCGGCCUAUCAAGUUCCCACUACAGAAGCGUCGUACAUGCCGCACAAACCAGAAAAAUCGGAAUACCAGGCUCCUGCGGUGGCUCAAAAGAAACCAGAUUCUCCCUAUCCAAUUCAUGUUUCUACCGAAAAUGUUUCUGGUGGUUUCAACGGCGCCCCUGCUUCUGCCAGCAAAACUGUUGUUGAAGCCUAUAAGGAUACUGCGUCCUAUUAUGAAGCUCCUGCUCCCGCGUACAAAGCUACUGCUCCAGCCUACCAAGCUCCUGCUCCGAGCUACCAAGCUCCUGCUCCGAGCUACCAAGCUCCUGCUCCAAGCAAUCAAGCUCCUGCUCCAAGCUAUCAAGCUCCUGCUCCGAGCUACCAUGCUCCUGCUCCGAGCUAUCAAGCUCCUGCGCCGAGCUACCAAGCUCCUGCUCCCACCUACAAAGCUCCUGCUCCAGCCUACGAGGCUCCUGCACCAGCCUAUCAAGCUCCUGCCCCAGCCUACCAAGCUCCUGCCCCAGCCUACAAAGCUCCUGCCCCAGCCUACCAAGCUCCUGCUCCUGCCUACGAAUCUUCUUCUCCAGAUUACAAAGCUCCUGCUUCAGUGUACAAAACUCCUGCGCCUUCCUAUGAAGCUCCUUCUUCCAGCUACAAAUCUGCUUCCCCCGCCUACAAAGCUCCUGCCUCCGUCUACCAAGCUCCUGAGCCUGCCUAUAAAGCUCCCGUCUAUGAAGUUCCUUCUCCCGUCUACAAAGCUCCUGCCCCUGUCUACCAACCUCCUGCUCCUGCAUACGAAACCGCUACUCUUGCCUACGAAGCUCCUGCUCCCGCGUACCAAGCUCCGGCUCCCGCGUACCAAGCUCCGGCUCCCGCGUACCAAGCUCCGGCUCCCGCGUACCAAGCUCCGGCUCCCGCGUACCAAGCUCCGGCUCCCGCGUACCAAGCUCCGGCUCCCGCGUACCAAGCUCCGGCUCCCGCGUACCAAGCUCCGGCUCCCGCGUACCAAGCUCCGGCUCCCGCGUAUCAAGCUCCUGCUCCCGCAUACCAAGCUCCGGCUCCCGCGUACCAAGCUCCGGCUCCCGCGUAUCAUGCUUCGGCUCCAGAGUACCAAGCUCCUGCUCCAGCGUACCAAGCUCCUGCUCCAGCGUACCAAGCUCCUACUCCAGAGUACCAAGCUCCUGCUCCAGCGUACCAAGCUCCUGCUCCAGCGUACCAAGCUCCUGCUCCUGUGUACCAAGCUCCUGCUCCCGUGUACCAAGCGCCUGCUCCUGUGUACCAAACGCCCGCUCCUGUUUACGAAGCCUCUACUCCCGCCUACGAAGCUUCUUCUUCUGCCAUCAAAUCUCCUGCUCCUGUCUAUGAAACUCGCGUGCAUGUUCACGGGACCACCACAGCUGUGAAAGAGGCAUCUAUUCCAUACUAUCCAGCAACGUCCACAACUCCACCUAGCCAAGCUUACGAAGCUGCGGACCCUAGCUACAAACCCCUGGUAUCCGGCUAUAAAACCACAGCGUCUGUCCACCAAACCUCUUUCCCGAUCUACGACGAAUCUACCUCCGUCUACAAAGCAUCGGUUACAGUGGAUCAAGUUUCACCCCCCGCCUACAAAAGCCCUACGUCCGUUUAUACAACUCCAUUCAGCGGCACUGACACAUCCAACAUUCGUAUCCACGACGAGAAGACGGUUGUCGAUAAAGCUAAGCCUUCUACUUACGAAAAACCCGCUCCUGCCGUCAAAGCCGACACUGGAUCUCAUUACAGCGUGUCAGCGCCGAUCUACGAAGAUCCUACUCCAAUGGAAUUGAACAAACCGUACGGUCCGCCUACACCUCGUCCAUCAGGGCCUUCUGCUUACGAUUCUCAGCAAGCUGAUGACAAGAGUAAAAAUGGAUAUUCCUCGACAUUGACUGUCCCUUACGUUGAAGCGGAAGAGACAGGAGAUGAACAGAAGCCAUCCUAUCCAGCUAACACAGUUAAGAACCAUGCUAAGGGAUAUGAUCGGAAACAAAAUUUCGCGUCAGUCGCUGUUCAUGGCUACAACGAACCGACCAGUAAACAGACUGUUUCCGGAGCAGGUGUCAGCGCACAGCAGGGCAAGACGAAUGAAGCGACUGCGAACACAACUCCUUCGUAUGCUUCCAAUGCUGAAUCUAGCAAAACGCAACAAGUCCAUCAAGAUUAUGGAAAUGGUUACGUGAAAGGCGAGACUAAAGUAACUACUUCAUCUUAUUCUUCAGGCGUGGCAUUAUCCGUACAACAAAACGGCAGUGAGAAAAGCCAAGGAACAUCGAUUAAAAAAACGGAAUGGGAUAUAGAGGAUCUUUUCCAUCGAGGUUCUCCAAGUGAAAAAACGACAAAAGCGCCCAGCAGACGACCAACUUCAUCACUUACCAAUGCCAUGCGCGACGUCAAACAACCGAUGAAAGCAUAUCAAGAAAUGGGCAAGGUUAGUGGAUCUCGACUUACUGGAUCUGCUGGUGAAACGCGAGGAACAGGUGGAACUGGCGGAACAAGGGGAACAGGUGGAACCUACGGAACAAGGGGUACAGGUGGAGUCGGUGGAACGCGAGGGUCAGGAGGCGUCGAUGACACUCGGCGAGGAGGUCUUGGAAGUAGAACACAAGGUUCCGCAGGAUACAAAUCAGCCAGCGGGCUACGCGAUACGACAUACGGAGCUCCUGCUGCAGUGAGUGCAACACGAUACAACGUUGCAGGGCACAGCACAGCAUGGGACGGUUCAAGCGGUGGAGUACACGGAAAAAGUAACCAAAACACCAAUUCACCCACUUCCAGGUAUCAGGAUGAUUACGAGACGUCCGGUCAGCUUGGAGAUCAUACGUUCGGGUUGAAGGAGGAUGUAAAAACUAAAAAUAAAUAUAAUGCUUCUCAACUAGACGUGGUCCAAUCCCGCACUGCAAGUGUGAGGCCGAAAGCAGAUUCAGACGCCAACAGAAGAGUUUCGAACGGCAAAAUUUCUUACGCUGGCAGUCGCAUCGCAAACGGAAAGUCCAGUAGCAAACAACAAGACGUUUCAGAUGCGAUUGGUCAUGUUGAAUACAAAGGUUCAGACCGUGGUUAUGACGAACAGCGGAAGGCGGAAGCGACAUCGGGUGUCGAUUAUCAAACACGCCAAUCUCAGUCAGAUGCAACGACAUCACGCCCUGUUUCUAUUUACCGCGACAAAGUGUCUUCACCACCAACAACAGAUGAAGUCAACACAUCUUACAGCGACAAAAAAAUCACGGUUAAAGUCCCGUCAACCAACAAAGCAGCUAUUUUGGAAAAAUGGACCACUGCCUCUUCGUCUGCUUUUAACACUAAAACAGACAGCGUUGGAGCAAACCGCCCGGCGGUUGGUAGCGAGUCUUAUGCGCAUGCUGCAUCAGUUAAACCACAAUCUUCAGUCAAGGAUUUGAAGUUAAAUAAUAGACAAGGGAUCAAGAACAGAGUCAACGUUAAGACGGAGAAUCAACGCAUCACUGUUCAAUCUAAUGGCGAAACAUCGGCAAGUACUGCAAUCACGUCGUCUUCUGGGAAGAAAAUUUCCAGCGAUGGCUUGGGGGCCAUCACCGAAAUCGAAUAUGGUAACAGGUAUUUGGAAAAGAUUACAAUUGCCCAAGCGACGGCAAGAAACGAAACACUGGGGUCGGAGGUAUGUGUUCGAGCCGGUCUCUUCCGUCACCCAUCUGAUUGUCAAAAGUUUUACGAAUGUUACUGGGAUCGUUGGAUUCGUCAGUAUACGGUACAUAUAUUUAAAUGCCCUGUUCAUCUUGUAUACGAUGACUAUAUAACAGCCUGCAACUGGCCAUUGGACGGGCCAGCUUGCGUUCCUCACGAAGCUGUUAAGCUCUACCCUGAGCUACCAUCAGCUGCCUGAAAUCUAAGGCUCUCCAUACUUGCUGACCUACCGGCAGCAUUCUCAAUAUUGGGAAACACUCCAGGGCUAAAUUUUCUUUAAGAUUUGCAGUUGCAUUCUAUACUUAAGUACGUAGAUUUACACAUAAAUUCUCGGGUGUGAAAUAAUCUGAGAUUCUUUUUUUAAAACUAUUGGCUUAUUUGUUUGAAAAUCAUAUGAAUGUCAAGAGAUGGUCGUCGAGUUGUGGCGAAUUUCAAUUGAAAUGUACCAAUGGGGAUCGCCUCACAUUGCUUUCAAAAAUCCUACUUUUUGCACCUAAACAGAAUAAGUAAUUUGCAUUCUUAGUUCUAUAAUUCACCAAUCCUUUGAAGAUUACCGAUAACAUAUACAGUCGCUUAGAAACUUACCUAGAUCCCACUCGAUAGCAUUUUUUACCUAUUAAAGGGUUGUCAGUUUCAUGUACGAGAUUUGCGUACUUUUACUACACAUUAUUGUGCAUUUAUUCUGCCUCUUGAAUUGGAUCCUGGUAUAUGAGUAACCAAUUUAGCUAGCUUUUCAUUGUUCAUGAACAGGUUACAUACGAAAAUUAUAUAAGAUUUUUCCCAGGGCCAUUUACUAAAUGCUCAUGCACAUCAAAAAGUUUUAAUUCAUGUCUGAGAUCUACUCCACAUUCCGGCUUUGGAACGGAAGACAAUGAAGAAAAUCUCUACUAUUAUUUAUUUCAACAGAACAGUGAGUUUUUUUUUUUACCUGGUAAAAUCUUUGUGGGUAUUGUAUAUACAUAAAGCUUAUUCUAUAAUACACCAGUUUCGGGCAUAAA